UUACUGUCUGAAGUCUCCUCAAGUGAGAAUUGCAUUUGGCAUUCACCAAAAUAUCCCAAAUUACCAUUAAUUAAAGCAAAUCAACUAAAAAUCUUUUUCAAGGAUGAAAUCAACAGCUUUUCUUUGGAUAAUGAAAUUUUGUGGUGUGACAAUUAG